AUGGGCCUGGGAGCAGUCCUCGAGCGGGCGACAUCCUCACUAGGUGUCCCCGUCUCAAUCCAUCGCUUCGUACCGGCCCCCACACCAACUCCCGAAGCUACAGUAACAGCGGCAUUAGAACACCUUGUCGGGUUUGUAGAUGAGCUUUCGCUGAUGCUCGACUUUCGCAGGGACGACUUCGAGAUGGCGCCAGUCGAGAUUGCGGCUGGGCAUCUAGCUGCUAUCAUUAUUGACCGCUUAAUAGGGCCGCUCUUUCGAGCACGAUCACAGGAGAUUACAGACGAUCCAUCGGCAGGCCACGGAAUUCGCAUGCUCGGCGCGUCAGAGUGCUUUGUGUUCAAAGAGGCAGCUAUCUGUAGCCUAUAG